CGAUGGCGCGUACAUGCGUCUUGACGCAGCUCGGCUCGUCUGUAGCUGCUGCUGGCUGCUGCAGGCGUGCUAUUUGCGGCAGCGGAGAGACUCCUCUGCGAAAUGCCUUUUGUAUGCCCGGCUGUGCUUUUAUUUUUUUGGGUUCCGUUCCGUGUGGGUCUGAACACCGUGUUUGUAGCCAUGCUCUGUGCUGGAUUCAGCGGGCUGUCCUAGCUGACUGAGCCGGUGCAGCAGCGGUGGGUCCGGUGCAGCGCACAGCCGGGGGAUGAGGCCUACUUGUUAAAGCUCCCCCACCAACCCCUCCAUCGCGAUGGCUGAUGAUCAACAACAACAACCUGGUCAGAAGCCUGCCUCGGGAUUAGGCUCUCUUCCAGCGCUGGUGCCAGGACUACAAGGGCCCGAGGCUAACGCGCUACAGUUCAAAAUAAAGAAUUCAAUUUGCAAAUCUGUACAAUCAAAAGUGGACAGCAUAUUGCAAGAUGUUGAGAAGUUUACAGACAUCGAAAAACUCUACCUCUACCUUAAGUUGCCUUCUGGUCCCAGCAGUGGCAAUGAUAAAAGUGAUCAGAGUUCCAUGUCGUCAAGCCGUACUCAACAGAUGUAUGCAUUCAACUGGAUACGCAAUCACCUAGAAGAGCACCCAGAGACGUCCCUCCCAAAGCAAGAGGUGUAUGAUGAAUACAAGAGCUACUGUGACAAUCUUGGCUACAAUCCUCUGAGUGCUGCAGACUUUGGGAAGAUCAUGAAGAAUGUUUUUCCCAACAUGAAGGCACGCCGUCUGGGCAUGAGGGGCAAAUCCAAGUACUGUUACAGCGGGUUAAGAAAGAAAGCUUUUGUUCACAUGCCAUCCUUACCCAACCUGGAUCUGCAGAAGUCUGGUGAUGGGUGUGAGCUGAUGGAGUCGUCGGGCCAGUCUCCGAGCGCUGAGGAUGAAAUGAGAUCUGCAGCGUGUGGACUGGUGUGUGAGUGGGCUCAAAAGGUCCUGAGUCGUCAGUUUGACAACGUGGAGGACCUGGCUCGCUUCCUGCUCAAUAGUCACUACAUUGGUACAAAGUCCAUGGCUGCACUUACUGUUAUGACUGGAACACCCACAGGAAUGAAGACCCCGACUCCAGCCUCUGCCUUCGUGCCCACGGCUGAGGCAAACUCAUUCCAGCCCCAGGUGAAGACCCUGCCCUCUCCCUCUGUUGAUGCAAAGCAGCAGUUGCAACGUAAAAUCCAUAAAAAGCAGCAGGAGCAGAAGCUCCACUCCCCCCUGCCUACAGAGGCCCAGGUGAAGCGAACUGAGGCCAGUACCCCCGGACCCACCAUCCCUUGCGGCAGCCCUGCUCUGCUCUCCCCUCAGCCCACCAUAGGAAUUGUUGUAGCAGCUGUUCCCAGCCCAGUCACGGUACAGAGGAGCAGGCAGUUGAUGACCUCCCCUAGCCCUGUAGGGACAGCAGAAGGAAAAGUGUUGCCUGUGAAUUUCCAAGUUGUCACUCAGACUCUCAAACAGUCUCCUAAAACCCCCCAGAAUGUUCCAGCCAGUCCUGUAGGAGACCGGCUUGCCCGACACGGAACGCGGUACGCCCAGAUACUGCCCAAGCCCUCUGCCACUAGUGCCAUCACGCUGCGCUCUCCCCCCACUCUGCUCAUCACCAACAGCCCCAUAAAAACCGUGAUGCCCACUCCCCACGUCAGCUCGGUAAACGUUGUGAAGAUGACGGCCAUCGCUCUGGCUCCCAACAGCAGCAGCACAACUGUGCGACCAGCCUCAGCCGGCGUGAGUGUUAUGGCUGCUUCAGAUGAUUCCCAGCAGAUGCAAAGUGGAAAUUUAGCCACCCCUCAGUCUCCUGCUAUCAGACCCAACACAGCAGCAUCCACCCUGAUCCUCUCUGCAGACACCAAAGGGUUGUCUGAACCUGGAAGUGACAACUCUAGUGCAGAGAAACUUAUCGGUGGCGCCAAAGAGGACAGAGUGGCCAAGUUCAGGGCUGCAAGUGAGCCAAGCUUCCUUAUCAAGUGUUCUCCAGGACAAGAAAAGGGGGUGAGAAUGAAAGGUGACUCAACUCCCACCUCUGUAGCUGGGAUUCUGGACAGCAAUAACAGUAACUGCCAUGACAGUACUUUGUACUUGACUGUUGAUAAUCAGAACUCCAAUGGCAACACAUCGUCUAAUGGCUCGUCUGCUGUUACCCCAACAUCCAAGGAUCCCUGCUUGGAUUCCAAGAGCCCCAGGAAGCGUGCAGCUGUUGAGUCCCACGCCAUCCCUGUUAAGAGGGUGUUUAUCUCCCAGCAACCACUUGCUGUCGUUGACAAUCCCAAACCUGGGGUCAGUGCUGCAAUGAAGAGGGUUCCCAGACCAGGAACUCCUGCCAGACCAGAGAGUGCCCCCUGCAAAGGGACUGCGAAACACACACCAACAGGGCCCACACAGAUCCUUGCACUUACGGACGCGCCUCUCACACACACAGAAGGAACGCAAACGGUCGUGAAACAGCAGGAUUUGGGGUUGAAACACAAAGACCCUUCCAUCAGCAUCGAUACCACCGUUGGACUAGCCGAAAGCAACACGUCUGAUCAGGCACUUCUGCAGCAGAUCACCGGAGACCCUCGUGCGAUACCAGCCAACUCAGGACCACACGAAGCCUCUGUGAGCGAGUUAAAGAGCACAAUAUGGGAGAUGCAGCAAAUACCAGCAGAACACAAGCAAGCCUCCUCCGACCAGCUAUCCAUGAUAACUCAACCUUCUGAGGCCUCAGGCCAGCUCACUCUCACGCAGGAGAUGGUGGACUUUGCAGGAUCUCAGCCCAACAUGGACUAUUUCCCCUUCAACGAUGAUGACAUGACCCAGGACAGCAUAGUGGAGGAACUGGUUCAAAUGGAGGAGCAGAUGAAGCUGAAGGGUCUGUUUGGUAAUUGCGUUGACGUGUCCCUCCAGGGUCAGUCAACUAACAGUCAGAGCUCCAUCCUCAGUGCUCAUCAAGCCAGUUCUACCUUUUACCACUCUGCCCACAGCAGCACCACACCUGUUCAAACCCCCACGCCGACACCAACACCAACCCCAACACCCACGCCCACUUCAGAAAUGACGCUCACGCACACCCUGACGAGGGAGAGCCCUUGCUCUCGCAUGGCCCCCAUCACACCUGUGGAUGGAGCCAUGGGUCGUCACACCCCCAUCAGUACACCGCUGUCAAACUGCAGCAGCAGCGUGCCCCCGAGCCCAGUGGAGUGCAGGAACCCUUUUGCUUUCACACCCAUUAACUCCAGCAUCACGGGGUAUCAUGAUGCCAGUAUUGUUUCCAGUAGUCCCGUUAAACCCAUGCAGAGGCCCAUGGCUACACAUCCUGACAAGGCCAAGCUGGAGUGGAUCAACAACCGCUACAACAGCACCGCCGCUGGUCCUUUGUCCAACCAUAGCAUAGGCAUUCUACCAAGCUACCAGGACCUGGUAGACGAUCAGUUUCGUAAACCUCAUGCGUUUGCGAUUCCUGGCCAGUCCUUUCAGUCUCAGUCGAGGCCGGAUGCUGCUCACUUCGGCCGAUUGACGCCCAUUUCUCCAGUUCAGCAGCAGGUAACAGGUGUAACCACUCCCACCAAACAAGAGAGUUUCGCUGUGCCGGCGCCGUUGGAUAACAAGGCUUCAACCUCAUCCACAUCCAGUACCUUUCGUUGCCGCAGCGUUAGCCCUGCCGUACGGCAGAGGAACUCCAGUGGCAACACCGGUCCUCCGACCACCACCACAAGCACUGCAACAACAGCUAGAGCUGUGAUCUCACCCUUUAACUCCCCCAUCACUUCUGAAGUGCUCAGUAUACUGUCCAACAGCCAGGCAGUCAGCUCCGUCCACAGCAUGGUGCAGCGUAGUCAGUCUGUACCGCUGACCAUCAUGAUGCAGAGUGAGAUGCUGCCUGUGCAAGGUCAGAGUAACGCAUCUAAGAUCACUAAUGUUCUGCUCAGCAAGAUGGAAGCUGAUGGAGACGAAUCUGUUCGCGGCCUGGGCAUCAACAACCUCCCCUCCAACUACACGGCCCGCAUGAACCUCACUCAGAUCCUGGAGACCACGCCAAGCUUCGCAGGCGGAACAGCUCACCAAGCUCAGCUGCCUGUCAGCUCCAGCCCUGCUGCCUUUGAGCUCCAGCAGCACGGCUUCCUCACCACUGGCAGUGGAGAGCAGGUGAGCUUUUCUGCUGGGGACAACCAAGCACAAGUAGGUCCUGGGGAGCAAGACCAGCAGCAGCAGCUCCAAGAGGAUCCUGUGCAGACACAACCACAGCUCCUCCUCCAGAGCACACAGCAGCAGGAGGUGGAGGAUGAGCAGCAGCAGAUUGAUUUCAACAACACUGUCAAAGACUUGCUGGGGGAGGACAGCCUCAACCCCAGUUCCCAGUUGGUUGGUCAGGUAGCUUCAGAGCUCAACGCUGUGGCCUCUGACUUCUCAAAUGACAUCAGACUGACCUCAGAUCUGUCCAGUAGCAUCACUGACCUUAACACAUUGGACCCCAACUUGCUAUUUGAUCCCAACCAGCAGCAGGAACAAUAUGAAGACUCGACACUGGAAGAACUGAAGAACGACCCGCUUUUUCAGCAGAUAUGCAGUGAUACUGUGAACUCUGGUUUCGACUGGCUAGAGAGCAAAGACCAGCCUACCACAGUAGAGAUGCUGGGUUAACGUUAUAAUUUACUCUGUAUGACUUCUGUUCUCUGUCAUUUGGUUCGGUGCAUAUGUAAUAUAUCUGUUUUGAAACCAGUUUGUUGGGAUUUGUCUGGACUUUGCCAUUUGUUCUGUUAAAAAAGUGCCAGGCUUACCAGAAAAUCUCUCCCACUGUUUAUCUCCUCCUUUCUUUGUUAUUUUGUCGCCAAAAAAAUUUCAGUAUUUACCCUCUUUUUUUCCCCGCCCCCUCUCCCCGUUCUGAAAUCAAAACGUAAGCAUUUCAAGUGAAGAGUGUGAGCACUCAGCGGUGGCCGGCGAUUUUAAGGCUCGUUUGUGUGCUAUGAACAUUCUCUAAAGGGUAAAACUUCAGUAAUGCAAUAUUUACACCGUAUGAACAAUGGAGGAAGGUGAGAUGGUUUGGAAAUCUGGCACAAAAAACUUCACCAAAAACGUAUGCUGUUGUGUACUAUUUGCAAUGUGUGCAAUUCAACCAAAUGGAGACAAUAUUAGUAUUGUAGUAUUAUGCACAUAAUAGUUGUAGUACGUUUGCCUGCCAUAUCAAAAUAUUACAAGGGUAGCAUCUUAAGCUCCCAGGUGCUGAAUUUCUGACAUUAUCUUUAUACUUUAUCAUAUGCUAAAUCAGUGGAGAACUGAUUCACAUCUGAGCUUUGUCCAAGAGUGAAACUGCUCAAAGCCUAUACUUCUUGUACUGUUUAAUAUCUUACAAAGGGAGUAUACGAGUCAUUUUGAGGGGGUGGGAGUUGGAGAUGCAGACCACUUUGUGGGUUAAAGAAAUCAACAACUGGCUGCCUUAUUCUCAAAGUUUAAGGCCUUAUGCUCAAGAGAAACUGUAUAUAGUUUAAGAUAUCCAGAGCUUCAUCAUCCAGAGCUUCAUCCUGUCAAGGCAGCUGUUAUUCUGAUAUUUUCAGUACUAUUUCCUAAUUUCUCUCUUUUUUUACAGAGUAGACUCGUGUUGCGUAGGCUAACGACUGAACUGUGUGUGCCCUCAUCCUUCAUUGAUGUAGAGAAAUUCAUGCUUCUGCUUAAUUCAAUUAAAUUCAAAUUCAAUUGAAAAAUACUUUAUUAAUUCCAGAGGGAAAUUAUAAAACCACAACAGACGUACUUCAGUCAUGAGAUGUUGUUUUCGUUUUGUUUUAUAGUUUUCGUGGCAUGCUAAACUCCCAGCUUGAGUCAGAAAAAUCAACAGUAUGGAGAAGGCUUCGCUAUGAGGUUGAUGCUUUGAUGUCAUCUUGAAAAUUAUGUUUGCAGGGAUCUGGCCUUUUGUCCGUACCAAAGACGAUCGGUUUGAGAAUCACAAGAGAUUAUUGCACUCCAAUAUAUUACACCAAUGGGAAGUGGGAAGCCUCAGAGAUCGUUUAAAAAAAAAAAAGGAUUAAGUUGCGUAAAUCUUCUGUACAGUUUGUAAGUUUGUGAAAUGGUCACCGUCCUGUUUUAUAGGUAACCAUGGACCUGAAAGCAUGUUGAAAUCAUCACUGCUAGCCAGGUAGGCUAUGUGAUAACAGUAGGAUGCUUGCUUUAGUUUUUGGCUAUUUGUCAAUGUGUACAAGUCAUGUUUAGCUCCAUCUGUAAAUAGAAUAGAUACAUAGAGAUUUGAUGUAUCAAGACACUAUAUUAUGGCCAUUAUCCAGCUAAGUAUGUGCCAUCGAAAAGAAAAAAAAGCUUAACAGAUUUAUAGUUGGCAAGGUUACUGUAUGUUGUGUGUUACAUUUCUGGCUCAGUGUGUCGUAGUAACAGUAAAGCUGUCUGGUCUCGCUUGCUGAUUUUAUUUUUACUUCUUUUUUUUAAUGCUCAAAGUUAAUAGGAGUCUGCAGUUACAGAAGUGGCGUGCGCUGUGAGCAGGUUCAAUAGCAUGGAGAAAAAAAGAAGUUGUGAAAUUGUUAAGUGGUUGCAGACUCCUCUGUGACGUUGUGCUCAAAGUCUAGCAGCAGACACAGGAUUUUUAAAAAACAAACUUAGGAGGUUCACGUAUAUAUUGCACUAAAUUUUUAUGACACAUGGCUUUGUCACAUCUUUAUGGACAAAAAUAACAAUGGAGGCCCAGGAUAAGAAAACACUUUUUUAUGAAAAGAGGAGUAAGGAAAAUAAAUGGAUUUGUCAGAAAAUGACUAAUUGUCUUGUAGCAAAAUGUGCAUUAAUCUCAGUGAGAUACACAUUUCUUACUCGUUCUCAUACACGAGAAUACAAAGCAUUGAGGGAAAAAACUAAAAAAAAAACUCUUAAAACCUACAUGCUCAUCCUGUUGAUAAAUGAUUGUACGCACGCAUGUAUGAUGACUUCUGUUGUACUUUGUAAUCUUGGUAACCACUGUCUUCUGUGAUUUGGGCAGGUUCUGUUAACCAGACUGGCAGUGCUAGUUUCAUGAGUUACAUGACUUUGUGUUUGUGUGCUGUUUACUAAGUUAAUGUUCUAUAUUUUAUGUUUUUUGACAUUUUUACUUAUUGUUUUGAAGAAAAAAAGGCAUUUUUGGAAUAAAAUGAAACAUUUUUUCCUCUUUCUUUAACAAAAUGGCACUGAUAUUUGAAUUAGAAUGAAGGAAAUGCACCUCUUUAUGAUUACAGCAGCUCCAUCAAGCAGUGACUCUGAUUCUUUACCUUUUACCAACCCAACCAUGUUUGACUAUCUUGUCUGUUUCUACCAGUAGACAAAGAAAAGGAAAAAAGAAACCCUCCUCUGUGUUGUUGUCUGGUGUUCUGCUUAAUGUACAGUAGCUUGUUAAUAUUGCAAACGCGUCGUUUCUUUUUUUCAAUGGGAAGUACUCACUGGUGAGAUUUUUAAAGUGGUUUUAAAAGCCAAUAAACUUUUUUAAAGAAUA